AUGGACUUGCGAACCAGACUAGGCAUCGUUGUUGAAAGAGAAAAUCUGUAUACUGUAACUGCCAUUGCACCAAACACCACCAUCCCUCAGAGAGUUACCGAAACAGCAUCAGGAUCAGUGCUUAGCAAUGUAGCUGCAGAAGACAGGCCAGUUCCAGCUCAAACUGGCGGUGCUGGGCCUCCGUCGUAUGCCUAUACUACAAGCAGAUAUAAGCAGUAUCGCGUGAAGCUCGCUUACACACCUCGUGAACCGGACGAACUGGAGUUGAACUCGGGCGAACUUGUCACCGUCACAGAGACUUUCGUUGAUGGCUGGGCCCGUGGAUAUCUUCACGCCAGUGGCCGAUCUGGAAUGGUCCCGAUGAUGUCGUUACAGGAACUUAAAGUCAGUAACCUGACCGAUUCUCAGUUAAAGGACGUCGCUUCCAUAGAUAUGAGUCCAAGUAUAGCCCGGACGACUACACGGACGCGGGACGAAUUUUCUGACUUGCAUGCAUGGUUGAAUCCUUCGGAUUUCAGAUUAGCCAUGUUUACGCUAAAGGAAAAGAGACUCAAGGCAACUAGAGUCUGGCUUAUGGAUGAACUGAUGGAAUGGGCUACAAAAGACGAUCAGUAUCGUGUCUUUUGGCUAUCCGGUGUAGCAGGUGUAGGCAAAUCUGUCAUAGCAGGUUGUUUUGCAGAUGAACUACAGAAUCGCAAUCAAUUGGCUGCCCACUUCUUUUGCAAGCACGAUGAGCUUGCUCGUAAUGAUCCAUUCCAGUUAAUCACAACAUUGGCAUUCCAGCUUGCAGCCUUUGAUCCUGGUAUUAGAAGGGCUCUACGGGAUUUGCAUGAAGCUGAACCAAACUUUUUAGUCAACACGCCAUCAAUCGGUCUGCAAUUCGAACAUCUUAUAGUAAAGCCAGCAUCAGCGUAUCGUGGAGGCAAAGCCGUCAUAUUGAUAGAUGCACUGGAUGAAUGUGCGGUAGAGGGAAGCCUACGAGAAAAGUUCCUCCAGACUCUCGCUCAGAGCGUUCCCAAGCUGCCCAGGAAUAUUGUCUUAUUCAUUACUAGUCGUCCGUCGCCAGAUCUGAAGAUGCAACUAUCGGAAUACGUACCACGAACCAUGGAACUCGGAGACAUAUACAAUCUCAACGAUAUAAAGCUAUACGCCAUGUACCGCAUGACCAAGCUACGCCCUAUACUGGAAUCAGAUCAAUUUGUUGACUCAUUUGCUGAUAAACUAUCUGUAAUGGCCCAUGGUCUAUUUGUAUGGCUGUAUCUUGCAUGCGACACCAUGGAUAAAUCCGAUAAUCUCGAAGGAACUCUCGCAGAGAUGGAGAACCGGACUCUCGGAAACGACGAAGAGCGAAUGGACAAUAUAUACACUAGGGCUCUUGUGGCUAGCUUCAAAGGAGCUCCCGAAUCGUCUAUCAAGCAGUAUACCAAAAUAGUAGGGGCCCUUGUAUGUCUCCGAACACCAAUGUCUGUCGAAGACAUUGCGGCUCUCUUAGGUUCUCCGUCAAGCCGAGUGCGCCUAAACUUGAGUCGUAUCGAGUCGUUACUUGUAAUGUCGAAAUCGUCAGUGAGGCUGAUGCAUAAAUCUGUAGCGGACUUUAUCACGUCCCCAGACCGGUGUAUCGCUGACGCCUCGCCAUUUUACAUUGAUCGACAGUCAGCUGAAAUGUAUCUUGCCAAAAAGUGCUUGGAUGCACUCCCAUUGAGUUUGAAAGUCGAGAGUAUUCAAGUACAGAUAGAACGGCUUAGAGGCAUCACACCCUCUAGCAAUCCCGCCCUUUCUAGAUACGUUUUAAACCACUGGUGUGACCAUUUGAAUUCCGUGGAACAGCUGGACAGUGAGUUGACAACGAUCCUUACUCGGACACUUCAACACUAUGGCCGUGCCAUGCUGAUAGUGGCGGUUCUAAAGAACUUUCCAGUUGCUCUCAAAUAUAUACUGAAACUCGGGGGAGGGUCAUACCUGUUAAAGGCUACCGAAAAACUCAAUUGUUUCCAAACACCAAUUCUCUUUGAGGCUGCUACAUCCGACCAUGCAGAUAUAUGUGAAACGCUGCUCGAAUAUGGAGGUGCUGAUGUAGAUGCCGUUAAUAAUGAGCUGGAGAGGGUCACUGCCCUUUACAUUUGCUCCUUCAGUCACACCAAACGAGCCGUGGUCGAAGUCCUUCUGCGUCAUGGCGCCAAUAUUGAUUUCAGAAACCCGGUAGGGUUUACUGUCGACACGUUUGCAGCGGGAUCAGCUGGCAAAGCGAUCGACAUUGAACGUGCUCGUCGCAAAGUGAAGCUGGACGAAUCGAAUAUGGACGAUAUUAUGAAUGCGGCGAGAUGGGCAGAUCUCACACUAUUGAAACAAUUACUGGCUGACAAUCCGUCGAUUGACAUAAACUACAAGUAUCCAGAAUGCAACAAUAAGACUCUGUUGAGUGUCGCUUGUCAGUAUGGAUCUUUUGACGUUGUAGUAUAUCUCCUGAGCAUCGGUGCAGAUCCGAACAUAGCCAAUAGCCAAAAUCUCAUCCCCCUACAUCACGCAUGCUCCUUUGGCUCCGUCCCCAUUGUCCAAGCACUGAUAGACGCCGGGACGAAUCUAGAUACAGAAGGUCAAGAACGCAAAAACGUCAUUUUCAGCAAUGUCUUUCUGCGGCCUAUAGACUGGGCCUGUGAGAACGGGCACAUAGAGAUAGUUAGGUUGUUGCUUGAUAAAGGAGUGAGCCCUCACGCACUCGGAGAUGGGAAGAUUCAUCCGCUCCUGUAUGCUGCUAUGGGAGGCUCUGUGGAGGUCGCCCAGCUACUCGUGGAGAAAGGAGUGGAUAUCAACUACCAAAGCAGAUACUUUGGCACCGCGAUAGUAGCUGGGGCAUAUUUGGGGUCUCAGGAUGUAGUCUCGUAUCUGAUCGAUAUCGGAGCAGAUACUGAACUUGGAUGGGACGCGCCAGGCCUGGAAGUGGAAGCUCUUCGAUCACCAAAAGUAUCGCCUCUAAUGGCAUCCGCGAUAAAAGGACACCAUAAUAUUUUUGCACUGCUACUUGCACGAUCUCCUCCCGGUGAGAAGAGUGUUCGUCUUGAGAUGCGGACGAGAGACUCCUGGUGCUUUCUUUAUCUCACUCCGAUGCUGCUCGCUGCCAUGGGAAAUGAACCAGAGUUGGUACGACUGAUGCUAGAGUAUGGAGCCGAUGUAGAUGGUGCUACUGUAGCUACGAGCUCUGUUGUUUUGGCUGGGGAAACAACGCCGCUGCAGAAUGCAGCAUACUAUGGACGUAUAAGGAUAUCCAGGAUGCUGUUGGAAGCUGGCGCCAAUAUUCACGCACGAGGGCCUAACAGACGGUCGAGCCUACUUAUGGUAGCAUCUAGUGGAAUUAUAGGAGACCGCACUAGGGCUGACAUGACACGUCUCCUACGGUUUUAUAAAGCUGAUCUUGAUGAUGUAGACCAUGACGGAAAUACAGCGGUGCAUCUGGCAAUCGGCAUGAAGGCUACAGAGACGGUCAAAGCAUUGGUAGAACUUGGAGCUAGACUGGAUAUAGUGAAUAAUCUAGGCAAUAGUUGCUUGCACGCAGCUGCUCGACAACGAGCGGCUGGGAUGGUCAACCUCUUGAUUGAUAAGGGAGCUGAUAAAGGUAUUGCGAACAAGGAGGGUAUGUCGCCUUUGCAGAUUGCUGUUAAAGAGGGGUACAGUGAGCUGGUACAGCUGUUGAAGUGA